CAUAUGAUCAGCAACUAUGACGUAAGAAGCACCCGCGAGGUCGCGUGAUACAUCCAUUGCAUCAGAUAUCAAUUAUAAAAAUCGACUGUGUCGUAACAAUGGUCGUUUGACGCGUUCUAGUAUUACAAGAUGAGCGACAAAAGUUUUGUGUUUUUUAAAACGAAAUCCACGGAAAGUUUUGAACUUGUGGAAGCCCCAUACGCGAUAGUGGAUGAAGCGGGGGCGGAAUCGCGGCCUUACGCGGUCGUGGAUCGGAGGCACGCGAGGCAGGAAAGCGUUGAUGAGGACGUUAAGUUGGUUAGGUUGCCGUCGUUUGCCCCGCUGUCACCGGACGAGUUUGCUUCAUAUUUCGACGUGGACGGUCGUGUUGUCAUGGAAACGAAGCUGAGGGAAUCAAUCUUCCAUGGUGGGUGUGAUGGCGCCAUCCGGAAGAAAGUGUGGUCGUUUAUAUUUGGGGUUCACCCGAUGUUAUCGACUGACAGCGAGCGUGAGGUGUUGGACGUUGAAAACCACUACAAGUAUCAUGCGUUGAAAAUGAGAUGUCUAUGUUACAUCAGCGAGGGUGGGAAUACCGAACAGGAUGUGAUGUCAUUGAAGUUGCCCCCACCAACGAACCAAUCACAAUUCAGCGAUUCAACUUUAGAAAACCAUGCAAACUUGGCGAAAAUCUUCGCUGGGAACCAAGAGAUUGAUUUAUGUUCGGGAGAUUGGAUGAAAGUCAUCAACAAAGACAUCCCAAGAACCGACACUCAACAUCCAUAUUUUAAAAACCAAGAUUCAAAUUUUGCUGAAAAGAUGAAAAAUAUUUUGAUCACGUUUGGUUUUUAUCACCCAAGCAUUGGGUAUGUGCAGGGCAUGAACGAUAUAUUGACGAGGUUCAUGGUUGUUAUGGAGACUGAGGUUGAAGCGUAUUGGUCGUUCACACGUUACAUGGAGCACGUUGAACGGGAUUUUGAUUCGAACGGGAUGGUUGAGAAACUUGACUUAGUGCGACAAUUACUUAAGGAUUUGGAACCAAAUCUAUAUAGCCACUUGUGCGAUUGUUCCGUCGAAGAUUUAGUGUUCUGCCAUCGCUGGUUGUUGGUUUCGUUUAAACGCGAGUUCGAUUACGAAGAAUCGAUCCGAUAUUUCGAAAUGGUUCAUUCACAACACCUUGAGCUUGAUUCACUAACCGCUAUACAUGCCCAAGACGAACAACUUCGAUUAGAAGUAUUACGGGGUGAAGGUAGUUCCCCCCCUACUAACCCCACCCUCGUGGACACCAAGUAUACGUUUGAAGUAUUCGUGUGCGUUGCUGUUAUAAUGCUCAAACGACAACAGUUCCUUGCGUGCAAAGACGCAGCCGAGGUUUUCCACAUCGCGUGCAACAUCAGGGGGACGCUGGUGUUGCAGAAAGUUCACGCCAAAGCAUUUGCCUUGUUUUUUAAAUAUUGCAGGAAAUCGGUUUCCCAACAAUUUGUUAAAGUAGAGCGGCCAAACAUAUUAGAUGCAAUGUCUAAACUUUUUAAAACCAAGUUAUUUUAAAAUCUUUUCUGUUAUUUUUGUAGUAACUAAUAUUGCCACUUUGUUAACUAUGCAGUAACAUCAAAAUAAAAGUUGUGACGAUACAUAUUGUUGCACGACAC